AUGCCGCGAAUAAAAGCUGAUUCUGGCAAAAGCAAUAAAACCCCUUUUUGCGGCCGUCGAAAGAAACUCAAACCCAAGACCAACAAUUUGUUCACAGAGGAGAAAAAGAAAUCACUGGCAGAAAGUGACCCUAAAACCAUUCUGUAGAGAUGAAUCAAUGCCCAUAAAGGCCAUAAUUUAGAACAGUUUGCCUAAUAUUUACUAGCAUAAUAAUAGAAUAUAAUAUGUAAGUAUAUUUACAUGAGUAUGUUUAUCAUAAUAUAACAAUGCCUUUUAAAACAUUAUUUUUAAACCUAAUUAUUGCUGCGUAGCGAGCGAGCCUGAAGCGAGCGGAGCGAAGCAGCAGCCUAAUUUGUGCGGUAGGCAGUAGAAAAGAAGAUUUUUAGCGUCGCAUGGAAUUGUGGUCGUGCGCAUUUGUGUGCGCAGUUUUCAUAAAUCCGUCUCACCUCACUACACAUGCGCAAUCAGCUCAAAUUUGUCUCACUUCAGUGCACGUGAUCUGUGCUGAUAUUGUUCAAUGCGCUUUGGAACGUAUUGGCAUAUUGUUCAACGCGUGCUCUGUGCUCAUAUUGUUCCUGAACGCGCUUUGGAACGUAUUAGCAUAUUGCGAAGAAAAGAGAUUCGAAUUAGACUAUAAAACAUUAAAAAGGUAAGAGAUUUUAACCUUAUAAAUUGUCCUAAUAUUGUAAAGUUGGCUACGGCUUGAUAUUUUUUAUUGACUAUUAAUGUAGUGCGAAGAUCAUUAUUGGUGGUAUUGGAUCAUUAUUUGGUAAAAGGUACGAGAUAUCAACCGAUAUUCUGUUUUUCAAUAAGCGCAAGAUUGGCAGUUGUUUGUUGUUUUGCCUGAUUUUUUAGUUUAAUUUGUUUCGCUAUAUACACCGUGUAAUAUUAGCGCAGUUGGUGGCUGGAUAUUUGGUUUAGCAUUUCGUGCGACGUGUGACAGAUAGUAUUUGUAUGUGGCGUAUUUGAAAUAUAUCGUUUAUUGUUUUGCUUGCUUCGAUUUAUAAACUAUUUUUAAUCAGUUGAAGUUUUAAGAUAGAAAAACAUUUUACUAGCUUUGGCCCUUUUAAAAUUUUGGCGUAUUUGAGCCUCGUGUUCAGUUGGCGUCUUUGCUCGCCUGACACCUCGUGCGAAAUAUUACUAUUAGACUAUAAAACCUUAAAAAGGUAAGAGAUUUUAACCUUAUAAAUCGUCCUAAUAUUGUAAAGUUGGCUAUGGAUAUUUUUUAUUGUUACCAAUAAUGAUCCUGUACCACCAGGCGAUCUUCGCACUACAUUAAUAGUCAACAAAUUGAAAAUCAAUAAAAAAUAUCAAGCCAUAGCCAACUUUACAAUAUAAGCCAUAGCCAACUUUACAAUAUUGUCCUAAUAUUGUAAAGUUGGCUAUGGCUUGAUAAUUUUUAUUGAUUUUCAAUUUGUUUGACUAUUAAUAUAGUGGGAAGAGUCACUAUUGGUGCCUGGUGGUACUGGAUCAUUAUUGGUAAAAGUGUUACGAAAGUAUUAAAAAUAGUAUAAAAAUAGUUCAAUUUGCACCCCAGGUAAUUAUAAAAUACUAAUUACGUCGAAUUAAUGGAGAGAUAAUGAGCAUUUUUAACGAAAAAUAAACGGAUUAAGUAAAUCUCAUUUCGGACUUGAGCAAAAAUGUCAAUUAUCUAUCCAUUAGGCAAGAUAGAUAAUUCGUCAAACUGUCAAAGUUGACCGAUAACCUUGCAUGGUGGCCUGUUGUGUUUACAUAAUUCAAGUCCGGUGCCUGGUGGUACUGGAUCAUUAUUGGUAAAAGAGUCACGAAAGUAUUAAAAAUAGUAUAAAAAUAGUUCAAUUUGCACCCCAGGUAAUUAUAAAAUACUAAUUACGUCGAAUGGAGAGAUAAUGAGCAUUUUUAACGAAAAAUAAGCGGAUUAAGUAAAUCUCAUUUCGGACUUGAGCAAAAAUGUCAAUUAUUUGUCCAUUAGGCAAGAUAGAUAAUUCGUCAAACUGUCAAAGUUGACCGAUAACCUUGCAUGGUGGCCUGUUGUGUUUACAUAAUUCAAGUCCAAGGCUGGCCCUUCAUUGACCGUGAAUGAGUGCAUGCUUAGGGCGUUUCUGUCAAUCAUUCUUUGGUAUAUUUCGCGCGGUUGAGUAAUGAUAACAUUACGUCAUCAAAAUCUUGGUUCAAUAAAAUUGUAAGUAAAUUUAGUUUAGUAUAUAUCGUUUAUUGUUUUGCUUGCUUCGGUUUAAGGUUUUAAGAUAUAGAAAAACAUUUUACUUUGGCCCGUUAAAAAUUGUUUUCGGCGUAUUUGAGCCUCGUGUUCAGUUGGUGUCUUUGCUCGCCUGACGCCUCGUGCAAAAUGUUACUAUUAGACUAUAUAAAUUGUCCUAAUAUUGUAAAGUUGGCUAUGGCUUGAUAUUUUUUAUUGAUUUUCAAUAGAGAGGACGGUGAUGCUGAAGGCUUGCCGAACACAGAAAAAGUCGAAUGCCCUGCAGAAGGAGUUUCAUCUCUUCAGCGCUUUUCUUCCUGCAAAAAGUGCCAAACGAAACUAAUUCGAAAUGAUGAAAAACAAUUGGUUAAAUGCGCAGAGUGUGGUUUGGCGCAAUUAUUCCACAAAUGCCAGCAGCGUUUAAUCGCAAACGUCAUGUUCUUGAAGGCGGGAAAUACAAUAUCUCUGCUUCUGUUUGAAGACAAACUCAAACAACUGUAUCAUAUUUACACAAGUCAAGUCGCUGGAGGUUCCACGGAAAGCUUUGAAUCGUUAGAUGACGAUUCUAUAAUAGAAUUUCUGUUAACCGUUGAAGCUACUGUGUGCUACAACACCAAGAAAAACGUUGUCUCGGUGGACAAAAAAAACUGA